CAGACGUUGGUCAGCUUACGUGGAAAAAGAAGCUACGUAUGCAUGCGACGGCGCAUCUGAAGGGCAUUCCGUAACUAGAUGAGAGUGUGUCAACUUCCGGGGCUGAGUCUACAGACGACUAGCCCCUUGCUACACGCGUCUCGCUCAACUUUUGCUUCUACCACCACGAGGAUACUUCUUAAGAACCAACAGUCUCGUAUUCUUGUGACUUCUCGCCCUCGACACAACUGGACUCUGCUCAAUCACCGCAUACCUACCCGGCCAUCAACAUCAUCUCUCGCCGAGACGAGUGCGAGUAGCGUCAGCAUGGAGCAGACACGAGGCCACUUUGGCCAUUCGCACCAUGGACACCACCAUCAUCACGACACCACAUUCUUGACAAGCACCGACAAGAACGAUGCCGGAGUCCGCAUCACGCGAGUCGGACUUUUUGUCAACCUCGGCAUGGCCAUUGCGAAAGGAGUCGGCGGCUACGUCUUCAACUCCAAAGCACUAUCGGCCGAUGCCAUCCACUCCCUCACAGAUCUCAUUUCCGAUUUCACCACCCUCGCGACCGUCUCGUACUCAUUAAGAACCCCUACUCAACGAUUUCCGACCGGUUAUGGCAAGAUUGAGUCUCUAGGAGCACUUGGUGUGUCAGGUAUUCUCCUUUCGGGAGGUAUCAUGAUCGGCCUUCAAGCAGUCAUGGCCCUGGCACAACAGUUCUUCCCCGAGAUCGCCCACAUACUUUCCCACAUUGGUAUCUUUGGCCACGGACACAGUCACAGUCAUAGUCACGGAGUUGAGGGUAUGGGCGUCAACAUCAAUGCAGCAUGGCUCGCAGCCGGCAGUAUUGUGAUCAAAGAGUGGUUAUACCGGGCGACGAUGAAGAUUGCGACGGAGAAACGCAGCAGUGUGUUGGCGAGCAAUGCAUACCACCACCGUGUUGACAGUUUGACUGCUGUUGUCGCUUUGGCCACCAUCACAGCCAGUCACUUCUUGACCAACGCUGCAUGGCUCGACCCUGUCGGUGGUUUGAUCAUCUCGGGUAUGAUUGUACAAGCUGGCUACGGAAACACCAAAGCUGCACUCCUGGAGCUGGCAGACGUUUCCAUUGAGGACGACAUGAAGCACAAGAUCGAGUCCGCCACAUCACAAGCCCUUGGCGACUUGAAGCUGCCCACCGAAUCAGCACCUCAAGUCCAAGGUAUCAAGAGUGGCCAGAACUAUCUGAUCGAGAUCGCCGUCACCGUUCCAUCAUCCUGGACAUUGGAGCAAAUGACCGAAGCCGAGAACAAGGUCCGCGAACAGGUUUCGUCAGCAGCACAAGGAAUCAAGCGUGUCUCUAUCCGCUUCACCAGCUCCGCCAACACCGCAGAUGCUUUCGCAAACGAAUUCGUUGCGUCAAAGGAUCAGAAGCACGAUCACGAUCACGAGCACGACCACAGUCAUGACGAAGGACACAGCCACAGCCACGAGCACGCAGAAGAAGGCUCCAAGGCAGGACUCAACAAGAGAAAGUGAAGAGGACGACAAGCCAAAUUCACAACCCCACAUAUGGAGAUGAAGCCUCCACUGUGACGUUCUCUCGUGACCAAGCAUCGCAUGAGGUGGCUCUUGCUGCCAGACUCCAGGAACGGCUGCUAAAGAAAGAAAUGUAGAUACAUGCAUUGGUAGCAACCAUAGAUGAGCAUGUCGACUUCGAGUCGGCAGAGGAUGCCAUCCGAGGUCUGGAACCUCAGGAGCAGCGAUGUAAAAGGUCGAAUAGAAGAAACUAUCUAGAACACAAGACGACCUCUUGAAUACAAACUUGGAAGCAUU